GUUGCACUGCUGAAAACGUUGGUCAGUGUCGGUCUAGGCUGGUGGGUUGUGGGGCGUCAAAUCGCUUUCAAACCUUGUGUGCCAAUUUUGAGGAUUCAAGUUAAAGUCGCACGAGCAGAAACUCCAAUCUAGCAAAAGGAACAGUGGCUUUAGAGCAUAAAUACUCAGGAGGGAUUGUUGUUGAUUGAUUUGGGAAUGGCUACAUGUAAAAGUUGUUUGAAGUUCCUUUUCCCUGUUAGGCAUUCGGAGGAAUCCGCUUAUAACCGAUCUUCCUGGUAUCCAAGGAAAGUUAGCGCAUUCACUGCGCAGUGAGCAGCCGCGUGUCACGGAAAGACACGUGAGUGUGGGCUCCCUGCUCAAAAAGACAGAAGAUGGACUUUGCCAUCAGAAGCCAACGGAACCAGUCCGGUCUGAAUCCGCGUGCCGGAUAUUCCAACGACUCCUGUCGCUUUGAAGAAGAUUUCAAGUACAUCCUAUUGCCAGUGUCCUACAGCCUGGUGUGUGUCCUGGGACUGCUGCUGAACUCCGUGGCUAUGUGGAUGUUCCUGACCAAGAUGCGUCCAUGGAACACCAGCACGGUGUACAUGUUUCACCUGGCGCUGUCUGACUUCCUGUACGUGCUGUCGCUUCCCACCCUCAUCUACUACUAUGCCAACCGUAGCCACUGGCCCUUUGGCGAAGCCGCCUGCAAGAUCGUCCGCUUCAUGUUCUACGCCAACCUCUACUGCAGCAUCCUCUUCCUCACCUGCAUCAGCGUCCACCGCUAUCUGGGGAUCUGCCACACGAUCAGGACCCUGGCUUCCGUGAAGCCCCGCCACGCCCACAUCGUGUGCGCCACAGUGUGGGCCGCCGUCGCCAUCUGCCUGGUGCCCAACCUGGUCUUCGUCACCACCAGCCAGCGAGGCAACGACACCCUGUGUCACGACACGACCAGCCCGGAGCAGUUCGAGGAGUACGUGGACUACAGCUCGGCGGUCAUGGCGCUGCUGUUCGGCGUUCCCUUCGCGGUGAUCGUGGUCUGCUACUGCCUGAUGGCGAGGGCCCUGUGUCGCCCCAGACAGGCGCUCUCGCCCGGCCAACACCGCUCGUCCUCGCGCGCCAAAUCCAUCAAGCUGAUUGUGGUGGUCCUGCUGGUGUUCGCCGUGUGUUUCGUGCCCUUUCACGUCACGCGCACGCUCUACUACACAGCCCGGGUCCUGGACGCUCGGUGUACGCUCCUGAACGUGGUCAACUUCGCCUAUAAGAUCACCAGGCCGCUGGCCAGCGUCAACAGCUGCAUUGAUCCCAUACUGUAUUUCCUGGCGGGGGAUCACUACCGAUCCAAGCUGUUCAAAGCUCUCACCAAAAAAAGACAAAGCACAAGCACUCAUUCCCCAGCCUACCUGCCAACCCGCCCUAAUAACAACCAUGAGAUCGCACUUGUCUGUAAAGGAACUGACCCUAAAAAGCCACAGUGAACCUGAGACGUGGUAGCAGAAAGCAUGUGGCCACCUGUGGCAUGUCGUGCGGUUGUGCCUGAUCUCCGUGGAGUGAACAGGAAGUGACGUUAACCGCCCUGGGCCAACCGGUACUGCCACAACACCUUCAGAUACCCUUCUGGCGUCCCAGACUCUAGAGGACCGGGCCUGUGGCCCCAUGCAGAGCCCUAAUCUGUUCCGUCCCUGUAAGACUUUUAGGGCGACGCUUAUGAGAAAGGGGAUGUGGUCAGGAGAGGGAAGAUGUGGGACUGGGCUUGAGGUCAGAGAACAGUCACCUUAACACCAGCAACACUGUCCCACAGUCUGGUGUUUAGGAACUCUGUCUCUUCCCAUCUUAAUGUUAGUUAGGGGAUGCGGUAAAAGCUAUUUAAUACUUUACAGAUCAUGAUUCCUUCUCUGAAUGCAUGUCUGUCUGUUUCUCUCUGGCGGUUGCGGUGUUUGUUAAGAUGGAUUUCAAAUUUCCUGUUCGAUCGGGGAGAGAAAACACUCUCUGUCUGUGUUUGUACCCUUCUACCAUUACCACAGACUAAGAAACUCCAGAACAAAGCCUGCUCUCAAAAGCAGAAUGAAAGUAAAGAAAUCUAUAACAUUUAAGUACAUACUAACAAACAGGCUUUGUGAAAAAAAAGAGGAACCAUUCAGUGAGUUGUAGAUUUACUCUGAAGCAUUUGUAUCAUUUCAGCCAGUAGUCUUGAAAGUGGUGGUCAUGGUACGUGUUUCUUGUGUCAGCAAUUACAAAUGACAUCAUGAUUGGUGGUGACCUGCAUAAAGAACAAUAAUUCAUAUAUUUUAUGAAUCCAGUUUGUAAAAUAUGUAUUCAACUUGUUGUGCUUGCGAUAGUGGUAUUUCCAGAUCCUGAAAUGUACAUCCAGGCCUAAUAGAAGUGGACCACCGCCGAUCUGAAAUACUUAUGAGAUGAGGAAGAAUCGGUCAGGGUCACAUGAUCUCACACAGAAAGUCAAGACUGUUUAACCAUCCCGAUUGAGAAAGCUCCUGCGUUCCUUCUCCAUAGGUGUAACUGCUUCCCCUGAUGUGAAAUAGCAACAUAUUUCAGAUCCCGUAUCUACAGGGGAAACUCCACGAGGUAGCCUGCUGAACACUUCUCUCUCGGGCAAAUACAGCUGGCCGGAGCUCAUCUGUGUGGGAAACACUGUGGCCAUAUGCCUGAAGAAGAGGGGCAGAGUUGAUUUUGGUGCUACUGAAGUAACCGGUCAGGAGGCAAACGUUAAGUGCAAAUUUGUUUGAUGUUAAUUUUAAUGAGGAUCCCAACCGUGGAUUUGAUCUGUACUUCCCAUAUUUCCAAGCAUCUCAGAUCUCUAGGCCGGGGCCUCCGAGUGUAAUCUGCCCCAUGAUCGGGCAAUUUACCAAAUCACGUACUGGAUAUACAUUUCAAUUUACCAAAUCACGUACUGGAUAUACAUUUCAAUUUACCAAAUCACGUACUGGAUAU